GACAAAAAAGUGAUCUCAGCCGUUGGAUGGAGUCCUUUUGCUUCACCGCAACUCAAAGAAGCGUCGUCACAUCAAUUCAAUCGCACCGUCUAAAACAAGGCAAACCCAAAAAAAGGUUUCUUCUUCCUCUGUCAAUCGUUCUCUCUUCUCUUCUCUCUGAUAUUCUUCCUACUCCCAUAUUCGAAUUGUUUAGACAGGGAGAUAGAGAGGAAGAGAAACGCCUAAGGAAAAUGUCCAACACUCACACCGAUGACUUAGACGAGCUUCUCGAUAGUGCAUUGGAUGAUUUCAAAGAUCUCAAUCUUUCUCAAAGAAAUCAAAGGGAAGCGCAAGAGGAGGAGAAGAAGAAGAAAGAAGAGACGGUUCUAUUACCAAGUGGAGUUCAAGGUCUUGGAAUGGGAUUACCAGAUAUGAGAAUCAAGAAGAAAGGAAAACAAAAGGUUUCCAAAGAGGAUCAUGUUGCUGAAGCUCUUGAUAAGCUUAGGGAACAAACUAGGGAAACUGUCAAAGGAUUGGAAUCCAUUUCUUCUAAGCAGCUGCCAGCUUCUGAUGAUGAUGGAAUGGUUGAGGAUCUUCUCAAGCAAUUCGAGGAUCUUACUGGAUCCCAGGACUUGGAAUCAAUAGUCGAAACGAUGAUGCAACAGCUAUUGUCGAAGGAUAUUCUUCACGAACCAAUGAAGGAGCUUGGUGCAAGAUAUCCGAAAUGGCUAAAAGAGAAUGAAGCCAGUCUAACCAAAGAAGACUACAAACGCUAUUCACAACAGUACAAACUAAUAGAAGAACUCAAUGCGGUAUACGAGAAUGAACCUAACAAUUCAUCUAAGAUAAUGGAGAUCAUGCAGAAGAUGCAAGAAUGCGGACAACCCCCAAGCGAUAUAGUUAAAGAGAUUGAUCCCGGGUUUGAUUUCGCAAGUCUAGGCCAAAUAUCUCCUGAGAUGCUGGAGUCCUCACCAAAUUGCUGUAUAAUGUGAUGGGGCCAAACAGCUUCAAAAAUUAAUUAUGUCGUUUUUAUCUCUAGUGUAAAACUCAAAAGCUCUGUUUCAAUUAUGAUUGGAAUUUCACACAAAAAAAGUCUUAUCUUGUUUA